AUGGCCUCCCGCAUCAUCGGCAUUGCUUCAAGCAACGACGGCCUCUUUCUUGCUCGAACCCUUCGCAAACGCAAAAUCCUGAAGCCUGGCCUGGCAUCUGUGCCCACCGCCUUGGCACUGCUUGUUCAACACCAUCUCAAAGCGUCCAACGACUGUGCGCUCCUCACCAUCACUAGCAUCAUCCGCUGGGACAUGGCACCUGACCAGGGUGGUCGACAUCCUCACCUGAUGUCACCGUCAAACUAG